GGUGGCUCUCCGCUCCGAGGCACGCCGCCUCUGUUUGUAUACAGUGCGCUCUCCAGUCAGCAGGGCUCUGUCCUCUCUCCCUUCAUUGUUCCCUUCCCGGCAGAAGCCCCUGCAGCAGCAGGCGCCGGAGGAGGCGGCUGUCACCAGCCCACUGGCAGACAAGAGGGAGCGCCACACACGCAGCCUGCUCCCGAGCGCAUCGCCGGACCAGCCCCUGCUCUGCGAGCCGCGAUGGACUUGCAGCGCUCAGACUGUGAGCUGCUCUGCCUGGUUCCGGGAUCUUAUUAGUAGGGGAAGAGGCAGAACUCAGCCACCCGCAAGAGAAUUAGCCUUAUUCCAAGGAACCUCCAGGAAGAGGACAUCUUCUCGCUGAGUCGUCUGGUGGAAGGAUCCCCCCGCUCUUCCUCCUCCUUUCCAAACGAACCCCCCUGCCUGGGCUUGCCCCUUGGGGGAGGAAAAAGGAUCACCAUGAGCCGCUUGCUGGUCGCUUGGCUUUUGCUCUGUUUGAGCCUCGGGGGGCCGCAAAUCACCCAAGGAGAUGUGUGUGAUUCCAACCCCUGUGAAAACGGUGGCAUCUGUUUGUCUGGGUUGGCUGAUGACUUCUUUUCAUGUGAAUGUCCCAGUGGCUUCACAGACCCCAACUGUUCUAGUGUUGUGGAGGUUGAAUCUGAUGAAGAGGAGCCAACUUCAGCAGGACCUUGCCUUCCUAAUCCCUGUCAUAAUGGUGGAACCUGUGAAAUUAGUGAAGCAUUUCGAGGGGAUACAUUCAUAGGAUACAUCUGUAAAUGUCCAAAGGGAUUUAAUGGAAUUCACUGCCAGCACAAUGUAAACGAAUGUGAAACUGAACCUUGUAAAAAUGGUGGCAUUUGUACAGAUCUUGUUGCCAACUAUUCCUGUGAGUGUCCAGGUGAAUUUAUGGGAAGGAACUGCCAAUACAGAUGCUCUGGCCCGUUGGGAAUAGAAGGAGGAAUUGUAUCAAACCAACAAAUUACUGCAUCAUCCACCCAUCGAGCUCUUUUUGGGCUCCAGAAAUGGUAUCCGUACUAUGCACGACUUAAUAAGAAGGGUCUUGUAAAUGCUUGGACUGCUGCAGAAAAUGACAGAUGGCCAUGGAUUCAGAUAAACCUGCAAAGGAAGAUGAGAGUCACUGGAGUUAUAACCCAAGGUGCCAAGAGGAUUGGAAGCCCAGAAUAUAUAAAAUCUUACAAAAUUGCAUACAGUAAUGAUGGGAAGUCCUGGCUGACAUACAAAGUAAAAGGCACCAAUGAAGAUAUGGUGUUCCAUGGAAAUGUGGACAACAACACUCCCUAUGCCAAUUCUUUUACGCCUCCAAUAAAAUCACAAUACAUUCGACUAUAUCCUCAGGUUUGCAGAAGACACUGUACGUUGAGAAUGGAACUUCUUGGCUGUGAAUUAUCAGGUUGCUCUGAACCUCUGGGGAUGAAAUCAGGGCAUAUACAGGACUAUCAGAUUACUGCCUCCAGCAUCUUCAGAACACUCAACAUGGACAUGUUCACUUGGGAACCUAGGAAAGCCCGGCUAGACAAACAAGGCAAAGUGAAUGCCUGGACUUCAGGUCAUAGUGAUCAGUCACAGUGGUUGCAGAUUGACCUCCUUGUUCCUACAAAAGUGACUGGCAUAAUUACUCAAGGAGCUAAAGAUUUUGGUCAUGUACAGUUUGUGGGCUCUUAUAAACUUGCUUACAGUAAUGAUGGGGAGCACUGGACCAUCUACCAGGAUGAAAAACAAAAAAAAGAUAAGGUUUUCCAGGGAAAUUUUGACAAUGACACACACAGAAAGAAUGUCAUUGACCCACCAAUCUAUGCACGGCACAUAAGGAUCCUCCCUUGGUCAUGGUAUGGCAGGAUCACUUUAAGGUCAGAGCUGUUGGGCUGCACAGAAGAGGACUGAAGAGGAUCUCUGUUUGACAACACAAUUCCCUAUAUUCCUAAAAGUAUCUCUGUAGAAGAAACUGUGCAAAACCUGUAGAAAAUUGAAUGGGUUUUUCAUGAAAAAGUGCUCACUUUUUGGUAGGCCGCUAACUGUCUUUUGUAACGAGGUCUAAGCCUGCCCUUUAAAGGAUCCAACCUGAUUCUGCCCUUUAAAUCUGUUACAGUAUUGUCCCUUUUGCUGUGCAAUUACCUUUCUCAUUUUCUUUUUGAGUUGUUCACACUGGUUGAAAUGUGUUAAGGGAAGAACAGCAGCAUCCUUUUUACAAGGAAGGAGAAACGGCAUGAAAAAGAUCAUUUGCAGCUUUAGAAACCCUGGGCUGACACAUUGUUUGCAAAUCGCACUAUCAUCUUACUUGCAAAAAGAGAUACUGCAGCUUUUAGCAAUAAGUUUUCUCUGGGAUGACUGCAUUAUAUUGUUUCCCUCGUGCCUAUCAGACAUUGUCAGUAUUUAUGAUACACAUUUUGGAAGAUACUCUGUGGUAUAUGGUACUUGUGAUGUUGCAAACUACCUUUCAUUACUUUUAUUUAAACUACAGAGUCCAUGCAACAGCAUUUUGUUUCCAUUCAGUUUACUUUAUAUUAUGCAUGCUGUGGACAUAGUCACUGUCUUUUUUACAUUAAUCUCAUUGCUAGCAUUGUUUUCUUUAAAAGAACUGACCCAUUUGUAUGUGGAACAAAAUCUAUUAUCAGUAUAUUACGGAGUUAAUGACUUUGUUAAAGCAAAGUUUAUGAAUUCAGUUUGCAAUUUUAUUUUUCAAGAAGGCUGAGAUUAGACACUGUGGACCAAAUUCAAGGCCCAAGUACUUUUAGCAUGGAAACAGAUGCACAUCUAUGCUGCAAAAACAGUAUUAAUAGGCACCCAUAUUCUGACUUGCUCAGGGGUGGGCAUGCAGUCUGCACAGAGCUGCCCAGGAGAUUACUUAUCUCAGAAGCCUCCUUAGUCUUAGUGAGGGAGGGUGCAUGUGGGAUCUGAGAGUAGAUGCUAAUAUACACGGCUCACUUUUCCCAGCCCCGGCACUGCCCUGGUAUGCUCCCUCUAUGGUGCUGGCCAGGAAGUUCCUGCAGAAUGUGAACUCAACAGUGUCAAAGGAACAUGUAAAUGUUGAGCUCUUCAGAUCCCCUCCUGACUAUAGCAUGUCAGUGAGUAAUGUGAAGCUUGAAUUUGUCCCUGUUUGUUCACUGUAUGCCAUUGUUGCCCCUUUUCGAUCAAGUGGCUAUUCAAAGUUCAAGGCCCUGGUUCCUGGGGAUGUUACAGUAGGGAGUAAAAAUUGAUGUAGACUGAUAUUUUCUCUGACAUAAUCUUCUUAUUUAGAAGGAAUGUACAGGAUCCUGCUUCUCCGAGUGCAGGAGGAAUCAGAAACAAAAGAAUAGUUUCUUAGCUUACAACUCCAAGGCUCUUUAGCCAAAACCACACCCACAGACCUCUCUCUCUAGCUUUUUUCCAGGGUCAUACACUUUGUUCACAGGCUGCUGCUUGGCAUUCUCCCAUUUUGCCUGUGUCUCUCCAUUUCUGUUCUCUGUGCUCCCUUCCCUCUCACACACAGGCACUUCACCCAAACCAACAUAGCCUUUUUAUCUUGAUGAGGAGGAGGGAUUAUGAUUAAUUUAUCCUUACAGGUUAUGCUAAUUGAAGGGUGUAUUCACACCCAUCCACCUCACUGGGUUUUUUUUAACUAAGCCCAUAGCAAAAUUUCACCCAUCUCAUUACAUUAUUCACAGAAUUAUUUCCUUUUCUAGCCCCCCCAGACAUGUUACAUUGUGUUAACAACAUCCUAUUCAGAUAGGACCCAAUUCUGAGGUAUCGUCUGCAGGUGCAUGUGGACAAAAGCUGCUGAACAGCUACGUGUCUG